UGCGUUAUACUGCUCUGCUCUGUUCGCACGGCUCCCAUUCGUCCUCCACAAGUCGGUUUCUCUCUCACCACCAUCACGAACAGAGCAGUAUAACGCAUGGAAGGCACCCCCGAGCGAUGGUCGCGGGGCGAGAUUAAUUGUUGCGGGAUUCCACCUCUUCCUCCAUUACUGUUAUUACAGCCAUCUCCGAAUCACUCUUCUUCGCCUCCUCCUCCUCCUACCCCUCCUCUCCCCCUUUCCUCCCCCCUGUGCCUCUCACAACCUCGCCACUGUCUCCAGCCCUGCUUUCCUUCUUUGCAGCCUCCGCCUUUUUGGACUUUGGAGAAGAGCACAGGGAGUUGCCAGCUCCAUCGAUCGGCUCCCCGCCUCCUCUCCCCCCCCCAACCCCUUCUUCUCUUGAUCCAACGAAAAAUGGGUGUCUUUUUUAUCCAAUCUGCUUCCCUCGAGCUCGUCAUUUUGUUUUCUCGAAGUUGAUAGAUCCUGUAUGCGUCGAAGGCGGCUCCAGCUGGAGAUCACGCCAUGUUCAGCUGAGGUUGCUGCUCUUGUUCUUCGUCUCGUUGUGGGAUCCAAAUAGGUGUUGACGAAGCUGGGUUUGAGUUUUUGUUGGUAACCAAAGAAGGUGUCCUCUGUCGUAGUUAUUGUGCUGUCGUCGCUGUCUUUCGUGGGAAGCUGUGGCUUCGGCUCUGUUUUAUGACCUUUUGGGUUUCGGAAACUGAUAGAUAGGGAAGAGGCAGCUUCUUGCCAUCAACCAGAGAGAAUGGCAGCUCGUCUCAUGGAAGGUGGAAGCCACCAUAUGACCUGGGAUGCUGCAGUGACCGCAGAAGAGCAAGCCCCCGAGGAGCUGACCAAGAACACCCUGCGGCUUCGGAUCAAGUGCCCCAAGACCGGAGACGAGGACAGGGAAACAGCGGCUCAGGAGGCGGUGUCUCCAUCUGGUGAUAGUGGUGUGAUAGCUGACCAAUCCACCGGUGGUGCUGACGGGGAGCUUGCCGGCGAUGAGCAUGCUAACGCCGAAUCUGCAUCGGACGUCAAAGAGGCGGUCGACGAGGGUUGUGGUAGCUUCAAACGCAAGCAUGCAAACAGGAGGGCGGUGGUCCCAACAUGCCCUGAGUGCGGGAAGACCUUCCCCUCCGAUAAAUCACUGUUUGGCCACCUGAGGUGCCACCCGGAGAGAGACUACAGAGGAGUUAAUCCGCCUCCGGGUGCGAGGAAGAAGCCGCAACCCGAUGCGUAUUCGUCGAUCGCGAGAGUGCCGCCCACCACCAAGUGGUCAACCGCGAGAAGAGGGCGGAAAGGGACGGCUGGUGACAGAGAUGACGACGCGAUUGCCGCUGAUACCCUGUUGCUCCUGGCUGAUGGAAAGCCGCAGCGUCCGGAGACCACCAUCACCACUGAGGUGGAAGACACUGAUACGAAACAGAUCGCUGGCACUCGUUUUGCUGGCACCGAUGGGAUCGGUUGGGAUCAGAAAUCUGAUGACAUGGACGCCGGCAGCUACGGGAACGAACUGAUAUCGAGCUCCAAGAGAACAAAGAAGAGGAGGAUCAAAGAGCUGGAACUGGUGAACGGGUCCGGCACAUCUGCUCGUUUUCGAAGGUACCAGUGCAGUGUAUGCUUCAAGACUUUCUCAUCUCACCAGGCGUUGGGAGGACACCGAGCCAGCCACAACAAGAAGAAGAGCAAUCCCGAAGAAGCAGCGGCGAUCCCUAACGAGAAGGAAGGUUCCAACACGAAGCAAGGCGAGGACUUGAUCCAUGGAAACGGUGCAGUGAUCAAAGCGGAGAUGGCAGAACACCGAUGCACGAACUGCAACCUGACGUUCCGAAGCGGGCAGGCACUCGGGGGCCACAAGAGACGGCACUUCAAUGAGCUGCAGCAUCGAGCUCCAUCGUCUUCUCCACACUCAUCUGAAAUCGACAAGGGAGCAAAACGUGGGCUGUUUGACUUCGACCUCAACGAGGUGCCGGAGCCCUAACCACAAGGAGACCACACCCAGAAUAGUAGAUUUAGACUGCAUCUCCAAUCCUCGAUUGCAUUAUUGGCUACUGGUUUUAACGACGAGAUUUCAGCAUCGUCGCCUUCAAAAUACAUGCACUUGUUUUCCAGUCACAUACGA